GCGGAUCACGCGAAUGUCUACUUACUUACUCUUACUGAGGACACCACCAUUAGAUACACCAAUGAAUUGCGCAGCACUACCACGUAGUUGCUCUUGCUGUGCCUGUGGUGCUUCUAAACAGGACCAAAAUUAUUACUAUUAAUAUAUGAUGGGUAGUCGUAUCACUAGAUUGCUCACUGGUGAGGACGCUGAUAUGUGGUGUGUGUGCUUUGAUCCUUACGUGGAGAAGCGGCGAGAACAGAUCUUGGACAAGGCGAUGCGCGAUGGUCAGGAGGAUGGGGGUGGCAAAGCUGAAAGAAGCUCAAUAAAAAAUGGGACCUGGCUUUACGGCAUGAAGGUGGAUGGAACGCGGACAGUGCGCUCCGUUGAUGUGGGGUCGCUGGCUCACCAGGCGGGCCUCCGAGUGGGAGACCUUCUAGAACGAGUAGGUCAGAGGAGUCCCUUCGACACAUCCUUACAACAACAGACCACGAGUAGUAUUAGUCUUCGCUCGUUAAACAAAGAGAAUGAUUAUCAUCAAAGCGACCACGAUCUUGACGGGUCAACGUCUUCGACCCCACAACAUGACACACUUACCGUAGACUUUAUUCGUGGCGGCGUUCAGAUGGAAACCGAACUCACUUUGGCUAAAUUUUGAGAUGGUCCGUAACGUGAAUGUUCCAUUCUCCGUAUACUGUAUUAACAAAUUCAUUUGUGGUGUCGAGUUUGAGACUUGACGAGAGCAAAUAUUCCAUUUCAAAACGAUCAG